AUGGCCUCAAAAUAUUCUUUAAAUGAUACUGGUACUCAAUAUCUUUCAACUAAUCUUCGACUAUGUCCACAAUAUCAAGAGAAUCCCAAUUCAUGUCCUUCAUGUGCAUGUCAUAAUCUUCAUAUAUGUCGUGAUUAUUUAUUGAAUAGUAAAUGUUCAAAAUUAAAUUUGAAGGGAAAAUGUUCACAUUGCCAUUCACUUUUUACUGUACACAAUCGACUUGUCCUUGACACAAUGUUUCAAUCAUCAGCAACGGAUCAACACGAAUUUGAUAGAGUAGCUCAACUUGUUCGAACUUCAGAACCAAAUUCUUCGAAAUUGGUAUCGCAUAGAAUUGGACGACUUUCUAUUUCAGAUGAUAAUUAUGAAACUGAUUUAACAAGUGGACAGAUGCAUACAUCUUCAUCUGAACUAACAAGUACUAUCACUAGCGGACGAGGUCGUGCUAAACUAUCAGUACAUGUGCCACCGCCUGGACCAUCAUUUUCAAAAGAAUCUUCACAUUCUUUAUACAAUAGUAAAUCAUCACAAAGUAGUUUUACUUCAUUACCUGGAUAUCCUACUUCCAGUGAUCAAUUAUCAUUAAAAAAAGACACAAAAACUCUUAUAUCUUCAUAUGUUUCGAAAUUAGUUGAUCCAAGUCUUUCAUUAACAAUGAAAUCAAGUACAGCAGACUUACCUUCAUAUCCAACAUCUGAAAUCACUAGUCAUGGUGUAAAGUUGCUUGGAAAAACAUCCGAUCAGCAGAUGAAAAAUAGUAAAAAACUAUCGGCAACAACUUCCUUAGCUACGUUUACAUCACACAACAAUGAGAAAUUUACAAACGAUUAUCAUUCAAAAUCGUUUGAUGAAAGUAUAUAUUGUUUUAAUAAACACUUUGAUAUCAUUUUAAAUGAAUAUUGA